AUGCACUUCUUGCAUUUCCUUGUCAAGGUCGCGCCUUCGAGCCUGACCAAAGAAGAUAUGUCUUCAUUUAGCGCGACUAGCGCUGAUAUGCUGCCUGACCAAGGGAAUGAAUAUUUGAUGAACCUGAUGAUUACCCCAAGUGGCUUUGAGGUAAAAGACGCGGGAUUACUAAAAGAAAUAACUCUCCAGUGUCUAGAAGCUGAUUUAAAACAAUGUGCAGAAACGAUAAGACACUUCUCACGCCCGCAAAUAUUUAAAAUGGUUCGCGACCGUAUCCUCCCUGAUGCCAUACACAAUUUGACGCUGGAACUGCCU